UGUCUUACUUUUGUUCAUCAAAUCACCACAAACCAACAUCAUCGUAUUGCAGAAGAACAAGAACAAGACAAACAUGUCUAAAGAAGAUGUUUUCAUUGGUGCAAUUGACCAAGGAACAAGCAGUAGCAGGUUCAUAAUAUAUGAUAAAUCAGCUCAACCAAUUGGAUCUCAUCAGGUUGAAUUCACUCAGUUCUAUCCACAAGCAGGAUGGGUGGAGCAUAAUCCAAUGGAGAUAUUGGAGAGCGUGAAGGUUUGUAUUACUAAGGCAGUGGAUAAGGCAACAGCUAACGGGUUCAACGUGGACAAAGGAUUGAAGGCUAUUGGUCUCACCAAUCAAAGAGAGACCACUCUUGUUUGGAGCAAAUCCACCGGCGCUCCUCUUCACAAUGCGCUUGUUUGGAUGGAUGUUCGUACUACCUCUGUUUGCAGGAGACUGGAAAAAGAGUUAUCUGGUGGUAGAACACACUUUGUAGAGAGCUGUGGUUUGCCUAUUAGCACAUAUUUCAGUGCUAUGAAACUUCUGUGGUUGAUGGAAAAUGUGGAUGCUGUCAAGGAAGCUAUUAAGAAAAAAGAUGCAUUGUUUGGAACAAUAGACACUUGGUUGAUUUGGAACUUAACCGGUGGAGUGAAAGGAGGAUUGCACGUCACUGAUGCUUCAAAUGCAUCCCGAACAAUGUUGAUGAACCUAAAAACCCUCAACUGGGAUGAAUCUACCUUGAAAGCACUUCAAAUCCCAGCUGAAAUUUUGCCUAAAAUUAUCAGUAAUUCAGAAAUUAUAGGCAAUGUUUCUUCUGGAUGGCCAGUUGCUGGUAUCCCUAUCGCUGGAUGUUUAGGUGAUCAACAUGCAGCAAUGCUUGGACAAGCGUGCCGUAAAGGGGAGGCUAAAAGUACUUAUGGUACUGGUGCUUUCAUUCUAUUGAAUACCGGUGAAGGAGUAGUUAAAUCAAACCAUGGUCUUCUGUCAACUAUAGCUUAUAAGCUUGGUCCGAAUGCUCCAACCAAUUAUGCACUCGAAGGUUCUGUUGCUAUUGCUGGAGCUGCGGUGCAGUGGCUUAGAGAUGGUCUUGGUCUCAUUACAACUGCUAAAGAUAUAGAGGCUCUGGCAUUAGAGGUAGAAUCCAAUGGUGGUGUUUACUUUGUUCCUGCCUUCAAUGGAUUGUUUGCUCCGUGGUGGCGUGAUGAUGCUCGUGGGGUUUGUAUCGGAAUAACAAGGUAUACUAGCAAGGCUCACAUUGCUAGAGCCGUGCUUGAGAGCAUAUGUUUUCAAGUAAAAGAUGUUAUUGAUUCAAUGCACAAAGAUUCUGGAGCAGAUCAAUCCAAGAAAGAUGAGUUUUUGCUUAGGGUUGAUGGUGGUGCAACUGUUAACAACCUGUUAAUGCAGACUCAGGCGGAUUUGUUGGCAACUUCAGUAAUUAGACCAGCUGACAUUGAAACAACAGCACUUGGAGCAGCCUAUGCAGCUGGAUUAGCUGUUGGGAUUUGGAAAGAAGAUUUCGUUUUCGAUUCGAAGGACUUGCUGAAGAAUGCUAGUGUUUUCCGUCCUCUAAUGGUUGAAGAAAUUAGGAAAAAGAAAGUAGAUUCUUGGGGCAAAGCUGUUAGUAGAUCUUUUGACUUAGCAGAUCUUUCUCUUUGAGAUAUAGUCUUGUGCAAUUGUUAUUUUAUAUUUUUAAUGUCAUCUACGUCUUGGUACACAUUUUUAGCUUUUGGUUCAUUUAAUGAAAGGAAUAAAUAUAUGUCAAUCAUUUAACAAGAUUGACAUUUUGUUUUCAUUUUGCUCCUUCAUUCCUUUGUAUAUGAAGAACAGAAGAAUUAUAUUAAAGAAAUCUUUUUCACGUGUA